AUGGAGUCUCCUACUGUUCCCGCCCCAGUUUCCGUUGCUGUUCCUGCGUCUCCCGUUGAGGAAAAGCAGGAAUACUUCCCUAUCACCACUUCUGCUGGCGAGGCCCAUGACCCUCUUGAGUGCCGCGGCACCAAGCCUCGCUGUGCUUGCACUGGCUGCACCGGCUGCACUGGCAAAAUCUACUGUAUCUCUUCUCAGCAGUGCUACGAAUGCUAUAGCAACUGCCUCGUCUAA